CACCCAUGCUAUGACAUGAUCGUCCAUGGCUCGUGACGCUGGUGUUGCUUGUGAAAGCACCGCCAGCUGCGUUUCCACACAACACCAUUCACUUUUGCAAUGUUGACGAGCUCUCCUGGUUUCGAGUAACUCACCAACGCCAGAGCACCAGCGACUGUCACGUACGGUCCACCAUCCACCAUGCAGUGGUCCGCCAGCUCCAACUUGCCACGGUCGAGAUCAUGGAUAUCGCUGUCACGGAGAAGUUCCAUGUCGUUACCUGCAAGAAGUCAAUCGACCUUGGACCGCCCAACUACUCAAGUGUGCCUCUCAUCAAGCGGACGCAUCCACGACUCCACGAACGGCUGCGCAAAAGACGAGCAAGCCACGUCUGACAAGACCUUACCUCUCCACGAUUUGAGCACCUGGCCUGUCUUCCGUCGGCAGCAACGAUACGCCGAGCUCUGGAAAGAUACGAGCACAUCUCUAACGCACCUCAGUCUCCCUGACCUGAUCGCCACCAAUCCCACGCUCGCCACUGAAAUAUCCAGCGCCUUCAUCACCCACACGACCAUCGCGGUCGACGUCUGGAUCAAUUUUGACGCCGCUUCGCAACACUUCUUCCACAAUCCAGAGGACCGUCGCGCCGACAGCUGCGGCAAGGUCGUUCUCUCUCCACGUCAGCGAGCCCGCGUUGAGACACUCCUGUAUGGUCACGUCCGAGGCCUGCACCGGAUUCGACUAGACGUUGGGUCACCAUUUCGCCUGUUCGCGCAUGUCUAUGUGGAAGUCAUGUUUCCAGACUCGCCGCCACGCCACCAGCGGUAUCACCCCUACGCUCAACCUCGGCUGGCGGCCUCCUUGGUCCUGGCGCGGUCUGCGCAACUGCAGGGCCUGGUCAAUCGAGAAUUGUGGGACACGCUGUGUCGCGGCUGCGACAGGAUUAUAUCGGAGGUUCCUGUGGGCUACGGACGAGGCACUGAGAUUCUGCUGGAGGAUCUGGAUCGAUGGGCGGGAUAUUUCUUGCAUGCGAGAUACAAUCAUCGUUACCAGGCGAGCUUUGGAUAUGGACCGCGGUAGGUCCGAUUGUCUCAGCCCCUCACCUCAAAUCCAGGAUUUCUGGCAGACGACAACAUCAUGCACGCAUAUGAAUUGCUUUAAUGAUCACGAAGGCGGCAACAUGACUUCUCUUGUCUUGCUGCAUCGGCGCCGCACCAUUUGGGGUUUUAAUGUCGUGUUCAGUUCUGUCCCUUGCAAAUGCAAAGGGAGUCCGUAUCGUUUCCUGAACAGAUACAAGACUGUUACUCUCUUUUUACACCGAUCAGCGGAAAAUUAGAAUU